AUGGUUAUUGUCUGUGAGAGGCGGCGGAUCUCGGUGGUUGACUGCUCCUGGAGGUCGGAAUGGGCCUGCAAGACGGCAGUUGUCCUGUUCGUCGGUGUGGUGCGCUUCGGUCGCCGGUUGUUAUCGACGGGUUGGCUUCACCGGAUACGAACCGCGGCGGCCGGCAGAAUGACUGUGACGGAGCUGUGUUUGUGCGGCAGAGAGAGAGAAAGCGUGGUGUGGGAUGGUGAUGGCGGGGAUCCUCCGGCGGCUGCGGCGCAUUGCUUCGGCGGUGGUGGAAUUUUUUCCGGCGGCCUAGUGGAGAUGUGUGUAUGUGACGGUGGCGGUGGAAUUUUUUCCGACGACCUGGUGGAUAUAUGUGUA